AUCAAAGAACUAUAUAUUUAUUUUGUAUUCUUCAUAACAUCAAAAAUGAAUUUCCCAUUCGAUCCAAAGAAUAUGUUUCUACAAAACAAACAAAUAAUAAUUCAAUGCCUGAUUCAGUAAGUGGAUGCAAGCAAGCUUACAAGAAUAAAGAACUACUAUCAACUUUUCUGAAAAAGGAACUUCAUUAUCAAAUACUUGGUAACAGUAAAAAGGAAUCGUCCAGAUCAGAUUUUGCAUAUGUUGCUAUUUUCCUUAACACAAAGAAGUAUUACUUUUUUUUUAUAUUGGAAUUUGAAGUUGAUGGUGUAUGGAUUCAUAAAGAUUUUGAAGCGGUAGUUGCUGAGGCUGUCUAUACCCUAAAUUGUAUACUUUCAACAUAUAUUAUUUUAGAAUCAGAAAUAUCUAAG